AUGGCUCUCAUAAUCAUUUUGCCGGAUGAUCGGGGAUUUGAACGCUACUACGAGCGGGACAUUUACAACCGGCAUCUGGUAGGCUACCACGAAAGUGAUGACAUGCAAAGCCAGGGCCGCCGGCACAGAUACAACCGCGCAUCUUUCCAGGCCAAAGACAGGCCAGGCAGGCGGUUGCACAGGCAGUACGGGGAGCAGCGCUACAGCGAUCACUAUGGCGACGACCGGCCGCGCACGCAGCGAUCGCCCGGCAAGCUGAAGGUGCAUCGACGGCGGCGGUCGGACUCGCGCUCGCGCUCCGACUCGAUGUCGAGCAGCAGCAGCGGCUCUGCAUCGACGACGUCCGACAGCGACAGCGACUCACACUCCUCGUCACGGUCGCCCAGCAGCAGCAAGUCUCGCACGUCGGGCAACCUGGCGUCUGCCGUGACGGCGGUGACCAAUCAGCAACCGUUGUCGAUGGUGAUGAUCAACAGCAACAGCCAGGACUGCGACAGCGAACUGCUGAAGAACCAGCUGGCAAUCUGUGUGAAGAACCUUCCAAUCCGGUCCAGUGAUACAAGCCUGAAGAUGGCCUUAUUUCAUGAGUAA